GUGGCCAACGAAGAAGGCAUAGUGCCAGAUUUGCAGCUCUACAAGAAAGCGGCCAACGCUUGCCGCGAAGCUGCCCAGUGGAAAGCCUGCACACACAUUCUCCGCCAGCUGGGCCAAGCGGGACGUGAAGGCCUGGAACCUGAUGUGGUUAUCUAUGGCACCGUCAUGUGCAGCGCUGCCAACCUUGUCACGUCUACCAGUCCAUGGGACGCUGCCGAAGUAGUCAAGUGGCAACAUGGCUUACUUGCACUGCAAGGUGCCGCGCAGGAUGGUCUACAGCUUGAUCCUUCACUGGCUCACAUUUGCAUCUCUGCUUGUGGCCAG